AUGGUCUGCGCUAAGAUCAACAGGAGGCGAGUGUCCGACACACUGGGCUCAAUGGACUCCUCUUAUCUGCAGGAGAUGGACUCCAAGACGGCUUUAUUUACUGUAGGGAGAAACAUCUACUGCAACAGGUUGAGCUUCCUGUGUGGAGUGUCGUUUGGCAUCAUGCUGGCCAGGAUCUGCCAGCUGUACCCGUACUCCACGGCUGCAGUGACAUUGGCCAAGUUCUUCAGGGUCUACUCCAGCUGGAAUUGGCCCACUCCUGCCAUGCUAAGGAUCCCAGAGCAACAGGAACAGAUCUACAACUUGCCCAUGUGGAAUCUAAGAAUGAACGUAAAGAGUCGGUGCCAGCAGGUCCCCAUCAUCACGCCCUCGUACCCAGAGCAGAACUCGGCCUUCAACAUGAAACCGUCCCCUUUAAACGUCAUGACAUCAGCGCGUCGUUAUGUCAUGCUGCGCGUCAAGGCCCCAACACAAGCCAAGCACGAGGAAUGGUGA